UAACCGCAGGAACAUAACGGCGUUAGAAUCCAAGUGGAGGUUUCCCCUUCGAUUCGAAGGAUGAAGAUGAACGACCCGAACAUCAACGUACAUAACAAAUCAUCAAAUACAAAUCAAAUCGAACCAAAUUUCGAUCAACCCAUCAUCCCCAAAUGGCUGGAUUAGAAGAACUUAGAAAAAAGCUCACUCCUUUGUUCGACGCCGAAAAGGGCUUCUCCGCCGGCGGCCCUUCCUUGGAGCUCGACCCUUGCGAUUCCUACACUCUAUCGGACAGUGGAACGGUGAACUUGCUGAGCAGAUCGUACGGCGUGUACAACAUCAAUGAGCUCGGAUUGCAGAAAUGCACGACCUUGGCGGUGGACGACAGCGCCGAGAAGACCUACCGGUGCGCCUCGCGGGAGAUGAGGGUGUUUGGGGCAAUCGGCAGCGGUGCCAGCAGUGUUGUGCAGAGAGCUAUCCACAUUCCCACUCAUCGGAUUCUAGCUCUCAAGAAGAUCAACAUUUUCGAGAAGGAGAAAAGGCAACAGCUGCUUACUGAGAUACGAACACUAUGCGAAGCACCUUGUUACCAAGGCCUUGUAGAAUUUCACGGCGCAUUUUAUACACCGGAUUCUGGACAGAUAAGCAUAGCUUUGGAGUAUAUGGAUGGAGGAUCGUUGGCGGAUGUAUUAAGAUUGCAGAAAAGAAUACCCGAACCUCUACUUUCUUCUAUGUUUCAAAAGCUUCUACAUGGUCUGAGGUACUUGCACGGAGUUAGACAUCUAGUCCACAGAGACAUAAAGCCUGCCAAUUUGCUCGUGAAUCUGAAGGGUGAGCCAAAAAUAACAGAUUUUGGUAUAAGUGCUGGCUUAGAGAAUUCAAUGGCAAUGUGUGCGACAUUUGUUGGGACGGUCACAUACAUGUCGCCUGAGAGAAUUCGAAAUGAGAAUUAUUCUUAUCCAGCUGAUAUUUGGAGCCUUGGUCUUGCUCUCUUUGAGUGUGGUACUGGAGAAUUCCCGUAUACAGCUACUGAAGGACCUGUCAAUCUUAUGCUGCAGAUCCUGGAAGAUCCAUCACCUACACCUUCAAAACACAAAUUUUCACCAGAGUUCUGCUCGUUUAUUGAAGCUUGCUUGCAAAAGGAUCAAGAUGCUAGGCCAACAGCAGAGCAGCUACUUUCACACCCCUUCAUCACAAAGUACGAGGAUUCCCAAGUGGACUUAGCAGCAUUUGUCCGAAGCGUAUUUGAUCCAACACAAAGGAUGAAGGACUUGGCAGAUAUGCUUACGAUACAUUACUACCUACUAUUUGAUGGACCUGAUGAGCAAUGGCAACAUUCAAGGACGUUAUACAACGAAGAUUCAGUUUUCAGUUUCUCAGGAAAGCAACAUGUCGGCCCAAAUGAUAUCUUUGCGACUCUAUCAAGUAUCCGGAGUACACUAGCUGGUGACUGGCCUCCUGAAAGACUUGUGCACGUUGUAGAAAAGCUUCAGUGCCGCGCCCACGGUCAGGAUGGAGUGGCCAUUAGGGUAUCCGGAUCAUUCAUUGUUGGGAAUCAGUUCCUCAUAUGUGGAGAUGGCGUACAAGUGGAGGGGUUGCCAAGCAUCAAAGAUCUUUCCAUUGAUAUUUCGAGUAAGCGAAUGGGUACGUUUCAGGAGCAGUUCAUCAUGGAGCCGAGCAACAUAAUUGGUUGCUACUCCAUAGCUAAACAAGAACUUUACAUUAUGCAGUAAAAAGUGGAUGAUCCCGUUUUACUGUCGGAAUAAGUUAUCAGUGUGUGAUGUGAUGUCGAAGAUAAAUUCGAUUUACGGCCAAAAGCUCUCGUGAGCAGACUUGCUAUGUAUCAUUUAACAUACUUGUAGUCAAUUGUCCAUAAUAUUCGUAGUUA